AGUCACACGGAUAUCCUCACUCGGAUUGCUUUUACAUACCAGGGCUCGCCCUCCACCGCCUCACCUAUGCGCUUUUCACAUGGGGAUGCAACUCCUCACCUGCUCGGAAUAUAUUCGGCUGUUACAUUUACAUUCGCAAUAGCGGUUGACUCGAAUCAGAGAGCGCGCACCUCUGCGUAACGCACAGGAGGUGGAUUGUGAUGUGCGCAUUCGGUGGUGUAUUGGAGGUGAAAGGAAGGAUUGGAUCGGGCAGGAUUUGAUAAGGACCCGUAAAAGGGGAAGCAGCUUAGUUUAUAACCCCUGCGAUUGGACACCUUCUGGUUUUACGCAUCAUCUCUACUCUCGAGAUCUAGUGCGCGAGAGCCUGUAGUAGCCUACUGCAUGUCAUGUCUUUUCUCUUGGACUGAUCGCGGCAUCCAAGAGGAACCUAAAGAUUGCGAUGCCAGGACAGUGAGAAGGUGGAUCUCAGUUGUUCGGUAGCAUGGCUCCGUCCCGGAGGGACUGCAGAUGUGACAUGAUCUUUCUUUCGGGAUGCCUACUCCUGUCCGUCUUGGGAUUUCAUCCUGCAUUGGCGAAGGUCUGCAACGAUUACACAAGGCACGGCCUGGACAACAACUGGUACACGAGAGAUGGUGAGAAGUUGCCCAUCAUGGUCCUGAUGCCGAUGAAUGAAUCAGCGCUGAUGAGCAGCAUCAGUCAAGGCAUCGAGCCGGCCGUUCAGCUGGCCAUCCAGCACAUCCGCGAGUCCAGGCAGUACUCCUUCUCGCUCAUCACCAAAAUCUACGACACGGAGUGUGACAACGCAAAGGGAUUGCGGGCCUUCUUUGAUGCAAUCUGCUACGGUCCGAAACAUUUGAUGAUCUUUGGAGGAGUGUGUCCGUCAGUGACUUCGAUCAUCGCUGAAUCGUUAGAGGGGUGGAACCUCGUGCAGCUUUCUUUUGCAGCCACAACUCCUGUCCUGGCAGACAGGAAAAAGUAUCCAAAUUUCUUCAGGACCGUCCCAUCAGACAAUGCUGUGAACCCCGCUGUGGUGAAGUUUCUCAACUAUUACAACUGGAGCCGAGUGGGAACCCUGACCCAGGAUGUCCAGCGCUUUUCUGAGGUGCGGAAUGAUUUGACCAAUGAGCUGGAGAAGGCAGACAUCCAGAUUGCAGACACUGAGAGUUUCUCUAAUGAUCCCUGUGUGAAUGUGAAGAAACUGAAGGAUAAUGAUGUCCGGAUCAUCAUCGGUCAGUUUGAUGAGAAUCUGGCCUCUAAAGUCUUCUGCUGUGCCUACAACCUGAACAUGUAUGGCAGUAAGUACCAGUGGAUCAUCCCAGGAUGGUACCAGGGGAACUGGUGGGAACAGGCGAACUCCACAAACUGUACCACUAAGAAGCUGCUGACAGCCAUGGAGGGCUAUAUCAGUGUGGAUUUUGAGCCUCUCAGUGCCAAACAGAUUAAAGGAAUAUCAGGAAGAGGUCAGGUGAUGUUCAGGAACGGGGAACGCAUGGGAACCAUAAAAUUCACCCAGUUUCAAGAGGGUCAAGAGGUGAAGGUGGGCGAGUACAAUGCCAUUGCAGAUGUACUGGACCUUAUCAACAACACCAUCAGGUUCCAAGGUGUUGAACCGCCAAAGGAUCGGACGUUUGUGCGUCUGCAGCGCCGGCAAAUAAAUGUCCCCCUCUAUAGCAUCCUGUCUACCAUCACUAUCCUGGGCAUGCUCAUGGCAGGAGCCUUCCUCUUCUUUAACAUCAAAAACCGCAACCACAGGCUGAUCAAAAUGUCGAGUCCCUAUAUGAACAACCUGAUCAUUCUGGGGGGCUUGCUGUCAUAUGCCUCCAUUUUCCUCUUUGGUCUGGAUGGAUCUUUUGUGUCAGACAAGGAAUUUGAGACCCUCUGUACUGUCCGUACAUGGAUCCUCAUUGUGGGUUACACAACAGCAUUUGGCGCCAUGUUUGCAAAGACCUGGAGAGUGCACGCUAUCUUCAAGAAUGUAAAGAUGAAGAAGAAGAUUAUCAAGGACCAGAAGCUCUUUAUCAUCGUGGGUGGGAUGUUGCUGAUUGAUUUGUGCAUCCUCAUAUGCUGGCAGAUCGUGGAUCCACUGAAGAGAACUGUGGAAGAGUACAGCUUGGAGGCGGAUCCUCAGGGACGAGACAUCGCAAUCCGACCCUUCCUGGAGCACUGUGAGAACACGCAUAUGACCAUUUGGCUGGGGAUUGUCUAUGCCUACAAAGGCCUCCUUAUGCUGUUUGGAUGUUUCUUGGCCUGGGAGACCAGAAACGUGAGCAUUCCAGCCCUGAAUGACAGCAAGUACAUUGGCAUGAGUGUGUAUAAUGUGGGCAUCAUGUGUAUCAUUGGAGCAGCGGUGUCCUUCCUGACCCGGGAUCAGCCUAAUGUGCAGUUCUGCAUCGUGGCACUGGUCAUCAUCUUCUGCAGCACCAUCACGCUGUGUCUGGUUUUUGUGCCAAAAUUUGUCACAAUGCAAACAAACCCGGAUGCUGCCACACAGAACCGGAGGUUAAAGCUCACCCAGAACCAGAAGAAGGAAGAUUCCAAGACGUCCACCUCAGUAACCAGUGUUAACCAGGCCAACACUUCCCGUCUGGAUGGAUUACAGUCAGACAACCACCGCCUCCGAAUGAGAAUUACAGAGACACUUUCUAGAAUGAGAACACCCCUCUUUAACUUCACUGACGGCAAAGAUGGAGAGAAAUCUCUGAAGAACCACUUAGAACAAAAACCCCAGGCUCAGUGGGGAUCCAUGGAUCCUUCAAGGAUAAGCAGAGGUCAACUAGACGACAUCAACUCUCCAGAACACAUACAGCGCAGGCUGUCCCUACAGCUGCCUAUCCUGCAUCACGCCUAUCUGCCCUCCAUAGGAGGGGUGGACGCGAGCUGCAGCAGUCCCACGAGCAGCCCAGCCUCCAGCCCACGCCACAGACACAUGCCCCCCUCCUACAGGGUCAUGGUGUCCGGCCUGUGAGGCCCACCGCCUGCCCUGCACUCCAAGGAAGCGAUCAGCUUUUUAUUUUAAGACAGACUGAGCAAUAUCAGCGGUUAACAGAAGCGUGUGAGCAACCCAGGGGGGUCCAACUCUUCAUGCAUUCGUGACCCCCCUCCCACCAUCCAUGGCCACAUCAGAACAGAACUGAUCUUUCAGGCUAGAAGGGAGGUGACCGGAGGCCCUCACAUGGCAACCCAACCCAGACUCCCAUCCUCCCGGUCCCGUCACCUCCCGUUCCUAACUAGAUGGACUCAACACCCCCCCAAACAGCAGUGCAGAUCAACGCAGGACAGGAGCUGUAGCCUUACCUGAAAAAAAAGAGACGAUUCCGCCGGCAGCCUCGGUUCUGCUGGAACUUGCGGGAAAUGGGCAGCGUAUGUGACCGAGGACUCCACCUCUUUAUUCACCAAGUCAGCGGCCAUGUAAAUACCAUAUUCGAACAUCAAAGUGAGCUUUGAAUAUGCUGUGAAAUUAAUUAUUCUGAUGACGCCUGGUGCUCGGAGAACUUUACAAACAGUCAACGAACCAGGAAGAGACACGUACGCCGUUGCAACUGGUAUGAAUUUGUUGUAUUGCUUCAGUGUCCCAAUGGUGUGAAAAAGUGGUUAAUGGUAAAUAAGACUAUUAGCAUCUACAUUUUUUCUAAAGACGACAAGGGAGUGUUUCAGGGUAACGCGGGCAAACUGUUCUCACCUGGAUAGACGUGUACCGCACAUUGUUUUUCUUUAAAAGCAGCUAGCUUCAUGUAGGCCUGUCCUGGUAACAGAGUAUCGAAAGUACUACUUUGAUUUAUCGUAAGUAAUGUCAUGUUAGAGGUUGCGCGAGUGCAACCUCAAAGAGCCACAGGUCCAGCCGAGAGGGACGUAAGAGACAAAACUGGCGAUUUUAGAGGGUCAGUCUUCCAUUACAGCCCAGCGAGUUGAUCCUGCAUAUCGGGACUGAAACACGCAGAUGCAACCCUAUGCUUUGGAUGUACGAUAGCCGUCACGUGACCGGCUGUUACAGAACAAGAAUACUCACAAAUUGCGAUAAUAACAGGGAAGUGGCACUCCAUGCAGAGCAAAACCAAAAUAUCCUCACAGAAAGCUGCGAGGUUACACAAAAGAAGUGGUCCACACAGCAAGACAGAAGAACGAUAUUGUAUUAAACAGCGGGACUGAAAAAUUAGCACAAGUGUAAUUAACUUAAUAAGAGCGAGUCACGUAUGAACAAAGCCUUGUUUUGACUUUGCGGCAAGGUCUCUCAGUUUAUCCGCCCUCUGUUUAUUUCUUGCUUUUUAAAUUUUCUUUUGGUUGAUUAAAAACCCAACAUGUGUGUGUAUCCCCAACGGUUAUAGCUUGGGCUAAAAGGGCUCGGGUGGAGGGCACACGUUUGCCUGUUCCAGGGGAGAAAUGGCAGAGGUCUGCCCCAGUAUCAGUGACAUUGUGAAAUUCAUCACCUAGCUCUUAGCAACAGUGAAAUUACCUCAUAGUUGCUAUAGAAAUGUUACUGUGUGCAGUGAACUUUGCACAAUGUCUUACAGAGCUAG